AAAAGUGUCAACAAACAUCCAUCGAAGGUUAAGUGCUUCAUAUGUAAGAAACCGAAUCAUUAUGCGAAAAACUGUCCAAACAAAGCCAAUAAAAGUGAGAAACGCAGUGAGAAGACUGAAAAAGCGUGGAACGGAACGUUGCUAACCGCUUUGGCAGUUGACGUUAAGUCAAACUCCUUUUACAUUGACAGCGGCUCAACUUGUCAUAUGUCAAACGAUAAAACGUUAUUGCAAAAUUAUGUUUUGGAAACUCCGCGUUCAGUAACAGUGGCGAAUAAAGAAAAGCUGCAUAGUGAGGGACAUGGAACCGUCGAAUUGUUGUUAAAAGGACACAGUGAAACUACGAAAAUAAGCGAUGUUGUUUACGUGCCGGGAUUGUCAACAAAUCUUAUUUCCGUUGGCAAGAUCGUAGACAAAGGACUCGAAGUGCAUUUUAAGAAGCAGAAAUGCGAUAUUUAUUGCGGCAAAGAUGUAAUUGCCAGUGCUACGAAGGUGAACGGCGUCUAUGAACUGGACAUGACGAGUCAACCGUCACAUGGAUACGAGCUAGCUGCGGCAUGUCACUCUGAGGAUUUGGGUGAGCCAGUACUUAAGGUUCUUUCAAGGGAUCAAGAAGCUGCUAAUCUGUGUGAAAUGAAGUCAUCCCAGGAGUUGUGGCAUCGUAGACUUUCACAUCUAAACAGACGGAGUAUGGAUUUACUAAAAAAAGUUCCAGAUGUUUCUGAAAGAGCACGGCAUCCAGCAUCAGACAACAUACCAUAUUGUGCAGCCCAGAAUGGAGUCGCAGAACGCGCCAACCGCACGGUUAUGCAGGCAGGACGCUGCAUGCUGCAGGAUGCUGGAAUGGACCCGAGGUUCUGGGCCGAGGCAUUGAAUACAGCUUCCUCCGCAUCAGUGACGGUACCCGACCGUUAA